AUGCCUUAUCCACCACCUGUACCUUAUCCACCACCUGUGACUUAUUACCCACCACCUGUACCUUAUCCACCACCUGUACCUUAUCCACCACCUAUAACUUACCCACCACCUAUAACUUACCCACCACCUGUAACUUACCCACCACCUGUAACUUUCCCACCACCUGUAUAUUAUCCACCACCCAUACCUUAUCCACCACCUGUAACAUAUCCACCACCUGUAACAUAUCCAUCACCUAAACCUUACCCACCACCUGUACCUUACCCACCACCUAUAACUUUCCCACCACCUGUAACUUACCCAACACCUAACUUACCCACCACCUCUAACCUACCCACCACCUUGACUUACCCACCACCUAUAACUUACCCACCACCUAUAACUUACCCACCAUUCAUAACUUACCCACCACCUAUAACUUACCCACCACCUAUAACUUAUCCACCACCUAUAACUUACCCACCACCUAUAACUUACCCACCACCUAUAACUUACCCACCUUACCAACCAUCUAGGACUUACCCAACACCUAUAACUUACCCACCACCUGUAACUUACCCACCACCUAUAACUUACCCACCACCUAUAACUUACCCACCACCUAUAACUUACCCACCACCUAUAACUUACCUACCAUCUAGGACUUACCCAACACCUAUAAUUUACCCUCUACCUGGUCCAUCUACAAGUUGUCCUUCAGUUCCUUAUUCCUGUCUCAACUGCCAUCAUGACAUAGAUUAUAAACUGGAGGAAAUUAUUUGUACACUUGAUUUCAUUCUCAAGAUUGACAUCAAAACACUUCCUGGUUCAGGAUAUGGAUUUUCUUGUGGAAAGUUUGUAAUUAUCAAAUUAUACAAAGGUAACAAGUAUGACUUUGCAUAUGAGAUCACUUACAGCGUGAAAAAAGACUGCUAUUGUGACCAACUGAAAGUUGGUUUGUAUAUCUUACUGAGUGUGAAAGAUCCUUGGCGCAAAGUUGGCCACAAAUAUAGUGCCCUGCAGUUGACAGACCUCGUCUAUCUCAUAAAUUAUAACUUAAUAAAUGAAGAGAAAAUUGUAAAGAAACUAAAGUAUUGUGAACCGUAUCCACCACCAGGACCUUACCAACCAUCUUUAGGUUAUCCACCUUUGCCACAUGAACCUUGUCCUCCUUCAGGCCCUUUUUGUCCAGUAUGUUUGGAUACAGUAACACAGGAGUUGAAGAAUAUUAUUUGCAGUUUUGUUCUUAUUCACAAAAGUCUUUGGAAAAAUGUUCAUAGAGGCUAUGGAAGUUUCUGUGGAACCCUUGAAAUAGAGAAAACAUAUCAUAACAAAUUUGGCCAGCCUUCAAAAGAGAUUCUUAGUAUGAAAGACCAUUGUGUCUGUAACCAAAUUCCUAAAGAUGGAGGAAAGGUGAUUAUUAUUUUUAAAGAAAAAAGCUUUGAUAGCGGUAAUCUCUACAUUCUCCCAUACAAUUACAAGAAUGAAAAAGAUGUUGAAAAUGCUUUAAGUUACUGUACGAAUUUAGAUCUUUAUCUUCCAAAACCACACGGCUGUCCUGAUAAACACCAUUCUUGCCCAAACUGUUACCAAUCAUUGACAAAUGAAGUGAUGGAUAAAAUUUGCUCCUUCUUUAUAGUACUUGAAGUAAGAUUUGAAUUUGGAAGAAAAUACUUGGGAGAAGAAAUGCCAGAAACUGCAUACAAUGAUGAACAACAAAAUGAAAAUCAAGAAAAUGUAUAUGGUGAUGAACAACAAGAUGGCAUUCAAGCCUCCUGCCCAGUCUUUUUUAUAAGAUAUAUCCAUGUUGGAGACAAAAGCCACUUCCAAAAGAAAGUCAGUUACAGUAUAAAAGAUCAUUGUUCCUGUAAUCUUAAAGGACGAUAUUUCUUGUUAAGCUCUAUUGCUCCAUGGAUUAAAGAAGGUUAUCAUUAUAGGCACGUUCAGUUGUCUAGUGAUGUUUACAUCAUCAAGUACAAUAACCAAAACAAAAAGAAAAUCAAGAGAGCCUUAAGAAGAUGUUCAUAUUCUUCUGACAUGCACAGUGGUUGUCCUACAGCACCCUACUCUUGUCCCACAUGUCACAAUUCUGUCAGUUUUGAUUUAGAAAAAAGUUUCUGUGAUCUGGAUAUAGCCAUCAAAAUGAAAAUGAGCAAUAUGUUUGAACCUGAGGCAGAGGAAAGCUUCUUCACAAGUAUGUGUUCAACAUUUGAUGUUCAGGAAGUUUACAGAGGGAACUCUUCUAGGUUUGAAAAGCAUGUUGAUGCUGCACUUCGCGAACAUUGUUCUUGUGAUUUAUUUAAUGAAGUACCAAUGGAUGUGCUUAUAUUAUCAACAGACAAAGCUUGGAUUGCAACUGAAACUAACUACAACCAGCUGAAACUUGGAAAAGGUGUUAAUGUUUUGACUUUUAAUGACAAGAAUCUUGGGAAGAUAAAGCAAAUGAUUAAAAACUGUACCUAUUCUUCUGACAUUCAAAGUUAUACUCAUUCUGUUUUACCAAAGCCUACAUCAAAAACACCAUCUAAUAACAGAGAAGAGUGUCCAUUCACAAACCAAACAUCAUGCCCAGAAUGUCCAUCAGUUCCAUCCAUUGACCUCCUAAGCACAUAUUGUCAAGCAGAAUAUGCUGCUGUUGUUUCCUUUACCACUGAAACCUCAGACAAACAUUUGAAAGAACCAAUUGUACAUUUUGAAAGAGGAACUAACAACAGUUUGAAACUCACACAGGAAUUUAUAAAACAGGAUCAAGAAAAAGAAAAUGGCUCACAAGCUGGAUGUUUGAAGGAACCUGUCAAGUUUAUAUAUGAUGUGACAUUUGGAAAACCAGCUGAAUUAACAAGAGAUUAUUAUAAACUGUUGAAACCCUCUCACUGUAAAUGCUCCAUCUUAGAUUCAGAGGCUGGCUAUGGUUUACUUCUAAGCCAUAAGAAACCAAAGGCAAACAAGUGGCAACUUUCAGAAGAAGUUCAAAUUUACCCACUACCUCUGGGUGAAACAGUAAUUCCAGUAUGUCCUGGAGAACUCAUUGUAUCUCAAGAGGUUGUACUUCCUGUAGUUAAAGAAUUGAAAGAAGUAUCAAACACAGAAAGAGCCACACAAGCCUGCCCAGCAGAUGUUCAGAAUUCUUGUCCCCAGUGUUUUUAUAGGUUUAAUGAGACAGUGGCUCAUCUUUACUGUGCUGCUGCAAGAGUUUUACUGGUUUAUGUUGAUGAAAGUGACAGAGGGGAUCCUGUACCAGAUAAGGAGAAGCAUUGGUAUAUUCCAAAAAUUAAAGUUAUCCAGUCUACAGGUUCUAAGGACUACAGCCUGAAGAUUAAUGUUGAUGCCCAAACAGUAUUCUCAUGGAAAAGCACAAUCAUCAGUGAAGCAGGACUGAAUGAAAAUAUUAGAUGCAUAUCUGGAAGCUUGGAUGUAGAAGAGGAUAUCAAUAAAGAUACCAAAAACCUUUAUAACAAUAUUAAACUGGAUUUUUACAUGAAAGAUGACUGCCAAUGUUCCUUCAUUGAUUAUCGUAAGUGUGCUUUGAAUAAAAAGAAGAAUGCUUAUGAUAAUUUCUUAA